GAAAUCGAAACGUGGGUGCUGGCCCUCGAACAUUAUGACAGCCAGGAGUUUGACGAUGCCCUCCGUGUCUUCACUGCCAUUGCCGAUACGUCCAAGAUUUGUUUCAACUGUGGUGUGAUUUAUGCCACCCUGGGCGAACAUGAAAAAGCGGUCGAGUGUUACCAACGUGCCGUCAGUCUGGACCAGUAUCUCGCCAUUGCCUACUUUCAGGAGGGAGUGUCCAACUUUUUGCUGGGCGACUUUGAGGAAGCGCUAGCCAAUUUCAACGACACUCUACUCUACCUGCGUGGCAACACGUCCAUCGACUACGAGCAGCUGGGCCUGAAAUUCAGGCUCUUCUCGUGCGAGGUCCUCUUCAACCGCGGUCUGUGCUACAUUUAUCUGCGACAGAUGGCACCUGGAAUGCAGGAUCUCGAGUAUGCAGCGAAGGAGAAGGUUACGCCGGAUCACGGAGUCAUCGACGAUGCGAUUCGAGAACGAGCCGAGGGUUACACGGUGUUCUCGAUCCCGGUCGGGGUUGUCUAUCGGCCCAACGAGGCAAAAGUCAAGAAUCUCAAGACCAAGGACUACCUAGGCAAAGCAAGGCUGAUCGCUGCUUCGGACCGGAGCAGUACACCCACCGGUCAUAAACGAACCCAGUCAGCGUUAGAACGGUUAGAUGACCGGGGAGGUGAGGUUCCCCCACACAUCGCAGCCCAGCUGGUGCAAAAGGCGGCCUCGGGUCGGAGCCGUCAGCACUCCGAGCCACCACUCAAUCGAAACCUAUUCCCCCCUACGCCGCCUCCAGACCCGGACAAAGCAAGUGCUGGCAGCUCCGCUGCUAGUCUGGGGCUGAACAGUCGGCCAGGGUCUGUUCGUGCAGCGCGACCGCCGCGGCUCGACCUCGAUCGGCCGGGGGCUCAUAUCACCGGUCGAAAUGGUACGGACCCGGCGCCGUCGGAAAAACCUCGAAUUGGAACCACUCGGACGGCCUCUGAACCGCGAGGCCCGUCUUCUCGUCCCUACUCGCGAGGCUUUCCCAGCGGUCCCGAGCCGACGCGGGGCCGGCAAAUCGGCCAUCGGCGGGGGAUCAGCGAGACGAGUUUCUCGGCAGGAGCGCCUCUCAUGCACACGGAAGAGGGAUAUAGCUCCUAUCCUCGAGCGCCAGCCAAUGGGGGGCGACGUGGGGUUCCUCGGCAUCAAGAGCGGUUUAUCGACGAGGAAGAGGAGUACGCCAGCGAGGCUUGCGAGGAGGACGGGGCGGCAGAUGAUGACUUUGAGCUAGUUGGCACGCGGUCACGGCCUCGAUCCCCGGCUCGAAACUCGAGGCGUACCGGCUCCCGCCGGCCGGAAGUGCGCAAAUUCCGGGUCAAGGUGCACGCGCAUGAAGAUACCCGGUAUAUCAUGAUCGGGCCCGCGGUAGAGUUCGGCGAGUUUGAGAGAAAGAUCCGUGAAAAAUUUGGGUUCAAUUCUCUGUUGAAGAUCAAGAUGCAGGACGAAGGGGACAUGAUCACCAUGGUGGACCAGGAAGACCUGGAUCUGCUGGUGAUCUCUGCGCGGGAGACCGCCCGACGAGAGGGCAGUGAGAUGGGGAAAAUGGAGCGUCAUCCGUUGGCAUCUUCCAUCCAUUCCAACGUCCAAGUUUCUCACCCUUCUCCACCCUCCUGCUUUCCAACCACCACCACCACCAUGACCGACCUCACAGUCGAGUUCUCCCAUCUCUGCCAGGCGAGAGGCAGCCCGCCAAUUCCCCCCACCCGCUACCUCGCCGUCGACCGAGCGGACGAGUUCCUCAAGGAAGCACACCGCAUCAACUCCCACAUCUCCUCCCUCCUCAAAUACCUCCACUCCAUCCGGCCCUCAUACCUCUCCAUCACGGCCCCCCGUCACACCACAACCACCACCACACCCGCCCGCCAACCCACGGACCCGAAAUCGCAAUCCCUCUCCGAAUCCGACCGCGACAACGUCGACUCCUCCACCACGCUCCUCCUGCACGAUCUCAGCAACUCCAUCUCCACGCUCUCCUCCGCCGAGACCCUCCGCCAGGACACCCAGACGGGGGUGCUCCGCAAGAAGUACGGCCACGGGGGCGCCGCCGCGCGACUGCUGUGGAAAUGGGCCGCGGGGGACGCCCUGUCCGGCGGGGAUGCUGUGACCGCAGCAGAUGACAAUCAAGGGAAGACAGCCGAGCAGAUCCGCGACGAAGAGCUCGAGAAGACGAUCAAGGCGGUGCGCGAGAAUGUACUCUGGUUCUUGCGGCGCGGGCUCGAGGACGCGGUCGUGCUGCAGCGGGGGAUGGUUGAGCGGCGGAUUGAGCGCGCGCGCGAGAAGGAGAAGAGCGUCCUGUAUAAGGCCGCUGGCGGCGGCGGCGUGGGUCGCUCGAGGGGUCUUUCUUCGGCUGCUGCUGCUGCUGGGGGGGCGAGUACGAGCCAAGGUGGUGCUUUGCUCGACGGCGAUGGGCAUGUCUAUGAUCGACCGAAGUCGACGAUGGAUGAUGACGAGGUCAAGGCCAUCGAGGCGGAGCUGUCGCCGGAGCAGUUGCAGCUGUUUGCGGAGGAGAACGAUUCCAUGGUGAAGUACUAUGAGGACACGUUGAGCAAAGUCCAAAACGCCGAAAAAUCCCUCCUCGAGAUCUCCUCCCUCCAGCAAACCCUUGUCUCGCAUCUCUCGACCCAGGAGGACUUCAUCAGUCAAUUGGCAACGGACGUGACCACCACGCAGACGAACAUCGGGCAGGGAAACAAGGAGCUGAAGCGCGCGACGGAGCAGCGCAGUGUAGCACAGGCCGUGUUCUGGGGGACUGUCGGACUGUGCACGUGGUUGGUGGUCUGGGAUUUGGUUUUUUGA